CAAGCUCUCUCUCUCAUCUCCAGUCUCGUAAUCAAGGUCGUUGUCCCUCUUCUCGUCUCUGAGACCGGUCGUCGCCAUUGCUCUUUGUCUCGUCAUCCACUUGCACAUAGUCGUGCACCUUCGUUGCGCUCUUCGUCGCCGGCAGCAAAGCAGCAGGUCGUGGGGCUCGUCGUCUUCUUGCUUCGAGUCUCGCCAUCAGCUUCCUUCACGCAAUCAGAAAUGGAUGCUUAAGCCGCUUCACAAUUUCGAUGCUUGUUUCAUGGAUCUCCAAAUGCCAGAAAUGGAUGGUUUUGAAGUGACAAGGCAAAUCCGCAUACUAGAGAACGACGUAAAUGAGAAAAUUGCAUGUGGGGAAGCAUCAGCUGAAAUGUUUGGGGAUAUCUUUUAUUGGCACAUUCCAAUACUAGCAAUGACAGCUGAUGUAACUCAGGCUUCAAAUGAAGAGUGCAAAAAGUGUGGGAUGGCACAGUAUCCUGCUAACCUCUUCUCUGCUGAAGAAUGAUCAGAUGCUCAAUGGAUGGCCAUUGGGUCUUGGGUUUUUGAAUAUAAAGCUUAGAGUUACAGAGGCACCCGCAGCUGCACCGGUCGAUCCUUUCUCAUUGAAGCAGAUACCAUCCACCAGCUUCUCCUCAUUCUCAUCCUCCAACCUUGAUACUGAGUCAACAGCAUCUUUCUUCCAAGACAAGAGUGUAUCCCUUGGGCGUCUUAUAGGAAUAAGAGGAGGGGAGAGAGGAUGAUUGUACUUGCCAAACACGUUGAGGUUUGAAGACACUACUGAGAAGAGAAGAAAACAUUAGGAGAUGCUUCUUGUUCUGAUUCAUCUAACUCAAAGGUACAAGAAGUGGAUGUGUCUGGAGGCAUUUGCAUACCCACAUUACUUGAUGUCCUGCUCAGAAUCAG